AUGGCGGAGAACAGCGGCCCGCCACUGGCCUCCUACAUCAUGGACGAGGAGACUUUGAAAAGAAAACAAAAGGAGAAGCUGAAGAAGCUGAUGGCCACCGGGGGAAACCCCAGACCUGCACGCUCUUUGCUCAUCCUGACGCUGAAGAACCCGAUCCGCAAAGCCUGCAUCAGCAUCGUGGAAUGGAAGUAUCCUGCUACUGCAGCCAAUAGGACGCUGGGCUCCACCAGAACCGGGCUAAACCAGGAACCAGAACUGGGUCAAACCCAGGAGUGUCUGCUGAGGAAAACCCUGGUGGGGGCUAAGAGGGGGGAGAGGCCUGCAGGACAUCGUUCCAACGUCCACUGUAUCUUCUUAAAUCGAGCUGGAAUCAGGGUCUCCAUGUCUUCCCCGUGUCUCAGCAGCAUCCUGACCCAUGCGAACCUCACCAUGUACCAGAGCGGCUUAACGGAGGUCCUGCCCCCCCCCAGCAUCCCCGGCCAGUGGUACAAACAGACCAACCCUCAGUUCUGGACGGCUGAUCAGGUCCUGGAGUGGAUUAGCGACCAGGUGGAGAACAGCAAGUUCGACGCCCGGAUGCUUUCCCUGGAGCUCUGCGCCGUGGACGGGCCGGCCCUCUGCAGCAUGGGCCUGCAGGACAUGGCUAGAGCCUUUGGUCCAGAUCUGGGUCAGCACCUGCACCAGAACCUGCAGGAGCUCAGGACCAAACACGCAUCCAUGUCCCUCUGGGUUUGGCUUUCCGUGGACCUGCAGGGGUCCAGUCUCCACAGCACCGUCCCACUACGCCUGCAGUUCCAGGAAGUCUGGGAUGGAGUCAGGAAAUGCUCCCGCCGGCACACCUGUAAAGCAUCCAUGUCCCUCUGGGUUUGGCUUUCCCUGGACCUGCAGGGGUCCAGUCUCCACAGCACCGUCCCACCAUGCCUGCAGUACCUGAGGAUCCUUAAGGCAGAUGCACAACCUGUGUGCAUCAAACCUUAA